AUGGAGGCGGCGGCGGGCGGGCGCGGCGGCUUCCAGCCGCACCCGGGGCUGCAGAAGACGCUGGAGCAGUUCCACCUGAGCUCCAUGAGCUCGCUGGGCGGCCCGGCGGCCUUCUCGGCGCGCUGGGCGCAGGAGGCCUACAAGAAGGAGAGCGCCAAGGAGGCGGGCGCGGCCGCCGUGUCCGCCCCGCUGCCCGCCGCCGCCGCCGAGCCGCCGCCCGUGCUGCACCUGCCCGCCAUCCAGCCGCCGCCGCCCGUGCUGCCCGGGCCCUUCUUCAUGCCGUCCGACCGCUCCACCGAGCGCUGCGAGACCGUGCUGGAGGGCGAGACCAUCUCGUGCUUCGUGGUGGGCGGCGAGAAGCGCCUGUGCCUGCCGCAGAUCCUCAACUCGGUGCUGCGCGACUUCUCGCUGCAGCAGAUCAACUCCGUGUGCGACGAGCUGCACAUCUACUGCUCGCGCUGCACGGCCGACCAGCUGGAGAUCCUCAAAGUCAUGGGCAUCCUGCCCUUCUCGGCGCCCUCGUGCGGGCUCAUCACCAAGACGGACGCCGAGCGCCUGUGCAACGCGCUGCUCUACGGCGGCGCCUACCCGCCGCCCUGCAAGAAGGAGCUGGCGGCCGGCCUGGCGCUGGGCCUGGAGCUGCGCGAGCGCAGCCUGCGCGUGUACCACGAGUGCUUCGGCAAGUGCAAGGGGCUGCUGGUGCCCGAGCUCUACAGCAGCCCGAGCGCCGCCUGCAUCCAGUGCCUCGACUGCCGCCUCAUGUACCCGCCGCACAAGUUCGUGGUGCACUCGCACAAGGCGCUGGAGAACCGGACCUGCCACUGGGGCUUCGACUCGGCCAACUGGCGGGCCUACAUCCUGCUGAGCCAGGACUACACGGGCAAGGAGGAGCAGGCGCGCCUGGGCCGCUGCCUGGACGACGUGAAGGAGAAGUUCGACUACGGCAACAAGUACAAGCGGAGGGUGCCCCUGGUCUCCUCUGAGCCCCCCGUCUCCAUCAGAAAAACAGACGACGCUCCCUCCCAGCACCCUGCAUCUUCGGAGAAGGACAAGCAGUCCAGCUGGCUGCGGACCCUGGCCAGCUCCUCCAGCAAGAGCCUGGGCUGUGCUCACCCUCGCCAGCGCCUCUCCGCCUUCCGACCCUGGUCCCCUGCGGUUUCUGCCAGCGACAAGGAGCUCUCCCCCCACCUCCCAGCCCUGAUUCGAGACAGCUUUUACUCCUACAAGAGCUUCGAGACCGGUGUGGCCCCCAAUGUGGCCCUGGCGCCGCCGGCCCAGCAGAAGGUCGUGAGCAGCCCGCCAUGUGCCACCAUCGUCUCCCGGGCGCCCGAGCCCCACGCCUCCUGCAUCCAGCCACGGAAGCGCAAGCUGGCGGCCGACACGCCCGGGGCCCCGGAGGCGCAGGCCCCCACGGCCGCCCCGGAGGAGGACAAGGACUCGGAGGCCGAGGUGGAGGUGGAGAGCAGAGAGGAAUUCACCUCCUCCCUGUCCUCGCUCUCCUCGCCGUCCUUUACCUCAUCCAGCUCGGCCAAGGACCUGAGCUCCCCAGGGGUGCACGCUCCGCCCGCCCCGCCCUCGGCCCCCGACACUGCGGCCCCCAGCGACCCCCCGAGCGGGGGGCUGGAGGCGGAGCUGGAGCACCUGCGCCAAGCGCUGGAGGGCGGCCUGGACACCAAGGAGGCCAAGGAGAAGUUCCUGCACGAGGUGGUCAAGAUGCGCGUCAAGCAGGAGGAGAAGCUGAGCGCCGCCCUGCAGGCCAAGCGCAGCCUCCACCAGGAGCUGGAGUUCCUGCGCGUGGCCAAGAAGGAGAAGCUGCGGGAGGCCACAGAGGCGAAGCGCAGCCUGCGCAAGGAGAUCGAGCGCCUCCGCGCCGAGAACGAGAAGAAGAUGAAGGAGGCCAGCGAGACGCGGCUGCGCCUCAAGAGGGAGCUGGAGCAGGCGCGGCAGGCCCGGGUGUGCGACAAGGGCUGCGAGGCCGGCCGCCUGCGCGCCAAGUACUCGGCCCAGAUCGAGGAUCUGCAGGUGAAGCUGCAGCACGCGGAGGCCGACCGCGAGCAGCUGCGGGCAGACCUGCUGCGGGAGCGCGAGGCCCGGGAGCACCUGGAGAAGGUGGUGAAGGAGCUGCAGGAGCAGCUGUGGCCGCGGCCCCGCCCGGACGCCGCCGGCAGCGAGAGCGCCACGGAGCUGGAGCCCUAG